ACACAGAAUGGCGGGAAGUGUUUGUUUGGAGUGAUUAGCUGAGAGGAAUGAAGCUGACUGAAGUACAAAUGAUCCUGUUUCAUCUUCCUUAAUUCCUGCUGUGGGCAUCUUGUUGAACAAUUGCAGCCUCUUGCUUUCUUCAGCCACAAGAUAACAAAGAUGGCAUUUGUUGAGGACAUCCAAAUGGUGACCCUACAGGGUGAAGUUAUGGUCUUUCGUUGCAAGUAUUUAACCUCCAGAAGUUCUGAGGUCACAUUCUGGCGGACAUCAUUUCAAGAAGACUCGGGCAUCUUCUCAAAUAAAGAUGACAAAACAGUAACUCUGUUUAAAGGCACUUCCAGGGGAGUCAGCAUAGUCCAGUGCAGCACUGCUGUGAACAUCAAAACAAGGCAGAAAGUUCCACAGGUGUUGCUAAAGAUUUGCAAGAAGGGAGGUUUCAAAUACAUGCUUUUAUCUUUAAGCAGUAAUAACAACGCAGAGGUACAUGUGGAGUUUUCAUUACCUUACGAGAUGAGUGGCGUCUCUAUUUUGCACGGACCUACGUUGUUAUGGAGUUACCAGGACACUAUAUUCUACACGUCCUCCCAAGCUGAUGGUGUAAAGGAAGUUCCCUUUUGUAUGAAAGUCAGCUUUGUUUUCGAGUUGCCUCUCCGUCACAAAAAGUUAGGAAUUCUUGGUUCUCGAAUGGUACAAAAGCAGCAAAUGAAAAGUGAUGGGAAGGAUAAACCUAUUCUUUACUUUAUAGAGGAUGGUAGAACAUUUAGAGGUGACUGUCUCAUACCUGAUAUCUACAGUUCAGUUGUCUGUUGCCUGGUGGUGCUUAAUAUCAAGGAAAUUGAUGGAUCUUUAAGAUCUUCUUUGGUAGCUGCAACAAGUAAGAAACAAUUGGUGUAUUUUGAAAAUGGACUUCCAGAGGAAGUGUGUGUUCUCCCGUUCGAAGAGCCUCAAAGCAUUCGGAUAGUUCACACAGGGACCGGCUGCCUUAUUGUUGUCGGCUUUGAACAUGGAAACGUCUGUGCUGUGUGGAGAGAAACAUUUAAGGUGGCGGCAUGUUGGAGGGGCGUUCAGCGUCUCCUAGUGGAUGAUUUUAUAGGUGGUGGGUUCGAGCAGAUGUUGCUGCUUUUUGAGGAUGAAGACAUCUUUGGAAAGUUUCUCUUGACAGACCUGUGUGGUGUCCAUUACUCAGCUGGAAGAACUGAAGGAGAAGAUACAAAUCAGUGUGAAAUGACUGAAGAAAACGUUGUUUUUACUAUUCAAGCUUUAGACGCCCAACUGCAGAGUGGCUUAACUUUCCUUCAGAACCUACAGAGAGAUGUCCAUGUUAAAGAUCGAGUUAUCCAGCAGUGUGCAUCAGCUCUCCAACAUCUGUUAUCAGACAGGAAACACUUUCCAUCUCCUGCUCAACAGGAAGGACUGGUGUCUCUGCUAGAUGAAGAGAGUGAGGAGGAUCAGUGUUUUCUGGAUGAAAGAAUGAAAACAGAUUCCGAUGACAGAAUUUCUAAAGUAGAGAGGGUCUGGCACAGAGUCGUUGGCAAAAAUCUCAUUUUUGGGGUGCUGCUAACAUCAGCCAAUCACAUAAUGAAAGGUGAGAACGUAAUGACAGCAGUACUGUCAGCGCACCCUAUGGUGCAGAGUCGCACUAAAAUACUGAGUUACCCUGAACCUGACACCUGUGGAGCUCCGAGUGCUAAACGAAGCAGAUUAUCUUCAGGACCUGCUGUACUGGUCAUCACUGAUCUGGCCACGUUGUUGAUGUUUAACUCCACCAGCUGCUCCAUUCUGCUUAAUUUCCCCUCAGACGGAACGAACGGCGCAUCACAACAAUGUGAAGUGCUGACCUUUGAACUGAAGGGGGCGCUAGAUGGUAAACUUCACCCACGUCUGCUGGAGGACUGCAGUGUUGACUCAGAUGAAUCUCGAGAAGAUCUGCUCAGUCUGAUGGCAGCGUUUCAGUCCUGGUCUUUCCACAUCAGCAGUACUGAUCGUACCAUGGUGGAUGUAGUGAGGUUUAUCAAGGAGAAAUGUGGUGCUGAUCAGGUGAAGAUUAAUCCUCAGUAUUUGCUGAGCCGUUCCACACUGUCUUCCACUAGCAUGCUCUUUUACUGGAAGCUCUGGAGCAACUUCAGUGGAUUACUCACCAUUUACUGCAGCGAUCAUCUGGACUUGCUUCGCUUGGUCGACUCUCUGUGCAGCUUCCUUCCUGCAUCUCAUCACAUCCAGCUUCUUAAAAGUGGGCGGGGCAACCAGAAAAACCCCGCCCUGUGUAUGGAGAGAGAAAUUCAGAUGGUAAAAGAAGGCAUGGCUGACCUGAUCCGUGGCGAAGUGCAGGAAUCAGUGAGCGGAGCGGUGAGGGGCGCUGCAUUACAGAUCAGUCCUGAACAAUGGCACAGAGAGAGGAAUGCUGUUCGACUCCGCCCAGUCGUGGAGGCGGAGCUUUAUCGCCGAUUAGUGGAAAAGAUCAUCGAUGUACAGAUUGACAGUGACGUUUCCGUGCUGGUGGAGGCAGAGCUGAGCUAGUCCCGAACACUAAGGGUAGAACCUGGACAUGGUCAUUAGUGCCAGUGUUGUUGGAGCAUGUUCAGUCUCACAUUGUGCAUUUACUACAAAAAGAGUGGAGUAAAAGCUCAAAAUGUUUAAGGUGUCUGAAUCAUUUUCAGCAGCUGUGCAUCUUAAUUAAUAGAAUUAAAUAAUUAAGAGGGUGGUGGUGUAGCGGGAUAUUCCACUAGCACACCAGUGCUGAGAUUCUGAACUCCCCGGUUUGAAUCUUCGCUCUGCUACCAGUCGGCUGGGCUUCAUCUAGCGGGCACAAUUGGCAGUGCCUGCAGCAGACAAAAUUGGCCACUGAGUCUGCUGGGUGGGAAAAGGUCAGACUAAAUGGGUUGGGUCUUCAAACGCUGUGCAAGGACCCUGGUUAGCAGACCGAUGCACCUGGGCAGAAGCACGCAUCAGAGGGGGAGUGGAGAAGCAAAUAUACCCUCCUCAAACACAACCAGGAUCCCCAGCAGUGGAAGACUAAUUGGCUACGCUAAAUUGGGAGAAAAGGCGGCACAAUGGCUAAGUGGGUAGCACUGUCGCCUCACAGCAAGAAGGUCCUGAGUUCGAUCCCCAAGUGGGGCGGUCCCGGUCCUUUCUGUGUGGAGUUUGUAUGUUCUCCCCGUGUCUGCGUGGGUUUCCUCUGGGAGCUCCAGUUUCCUCCCACGGUCCGAAGACGUGCAAGUGAGGUCAAUUGGAGAUACUAAAUUGUCCAUGACUGUGUUUGACAUUAAAACUUGUGAACUGAUGAAUCUUGUGUAAUGAAUAAUUACCGUUUCUGUCAUGAAUGUAACCAAAGUGUAAAACAUGACGUUAAAAUCCUAAUAAAUACAUACA